AAUUAUACCUGACCAUAUAUGAUUGAGGAACACUGAGUGAUCACACUGUAUCACAGUUAAUCAUGAGACUCGUAGUCUGUCUCCUUUCCCUGCUAACUGUGCUCGGCAGAGCAGAAUGUGGGAAUGUUUUAGUCUGGCCAACUGAUGGCAGUCAUUGGAUUAAUCUGAAAAUUGUGAUGGAAACAUUGAUUGACAGAGGACACGGUGUUACAGUGCUGCUGCCAGAUGCCUCUAUGUUCAUGGAUGCCAAAGAAUCGGAUCGCUUCUCCUACCUGCCCUUUAAUGUGUCCAUGUCUUCAAAGGAUAUACAUGAUUUCCUCGAGGAAAUUCUACACUUCUCGAUCUAUGAGCUGGAUGAGUUAAACCUACUGCAGGUGCAAAUGAAAUUUUAUGAGCUUGUCUCCAAAAAUGUUGAAAUAUGUCUUUCAUACUGUGACGGAGUACUAAAAUCUCCACAGUUGAUGGACAAAUUGCGGCAUGAAAAAUUUGACGUCGUUUUGACUGACCCGAUUUACCCAUGCAGCGAUAUAGUGGCCGAACAACUGAACAUUCCCUUGGUGUACACGUUCCGAUUCUCCAUCGCUAAUUCUGCAGAGCGGAUGUGUGGUCAGAUACCAGCUCCACCAUCAUUUGUUCCUGGAGCCAUGAGUAAACUCACAGACAAGAUGAGCUUUACAGAGCGAAUCAUCAACAUGCUCUUCUACCUUUCUCAAGAUGUGAUGGCCAAUUUUGUGUGGAGAAAAUUCAACAACUACUACACUGAUUAUUUAGGACAACCCACUUCCUAUUGUGAGAUGAUGGGUAAAGCUGAUAUCUGGUUAAUCCGAACCUACUGGGAUUUUGAGUUUCCACGGCCAUUUCUGCCCAACUUCAAAUAUGUUGGAGGGCUUCACUGCACCCCUGCCAAGCCGUUACCAAAGGAUAUGGAGGAGUUUGUGCAGAGUUCAGGGGACGAUGGGAUAGUGGUGUUCACACUGGGGUCUAUGGUAAAGAACAUGACCAAAGAGAGGAGCAAUACGAUUGCCUCCGCACUGGCACAGAUACCUCAGAAGGUAUUAUGGAGAUACUCUGGAGAGAAGCCAGAUACUCUUGGUGCAAACACCAGACUCUUUAACUGGAUCCCUCAGAAUGAUUUAUUGGGUCACCCCAAAACCAGAGCAUUUAUUACUCAUGGGGGCACUAAUGGCAUAUAUGAGGCCAUAUAUCAUGGUGUUCCAAUGGUCGGAAUCCCCUUGUUUGGUGACCAGCCAGAUAAUUUGGCCCAUAUGAAGGCCAAGGGGGCUGCUGUUGUCAUGGACAGCAUUAAAAACAUGCAGACUCAAGAACUGGUGGACGGACUCGACGCCGUUAUUAACGACCCCUCGUAUAAAGAGAAUGCCAUGCGUUUGUCCAGGAUUCAUCAUGACAGACCAAUUAAGCCUUUGGAUGAGGCCGUGUUCUGGAUAGAGUUUGUCAUGCGUAAUAAGGGUGCUAAACACCUGCGUGUGGAGGCCCAUAACCUUACCUGGUACCAGUACCACUGUCUGGAUGUGUUCGCUUUUCUCAUCACUAUAGUGACUGUAGUCCUCUAUAUCUUCUAUAAAAUGUGUAAAUAUGUUAUAAUGCGUUGCUGUUUUAGAUCAAAGCAUAAAAGCAAAAAAGAGUGAGAAGACUUUUUUUGCACUAAAUAUUUUCUCUCUUCCCCAGUGCCAUAGGUUUCAUUUCAACAAAAUCUACCCCCAAUAACAAAAAAAGCAUUACAUUUAUUGAUUUACUCUUAAAUUAAUUAUUUACAACUCAGUCUAAAUGAUAUUUUGUCACUAAUCAAUCAGUAAUCAGUUUGUAUGUUUGUACUGUAGUAUACAGUGGGGUGUAAAUGUCUGAGAAAACUAGUGAAAAUGCUUGUUUUGCAUUUUUUCAUAUUUACUAAAAAAAAAAAAAAAAUAACAAAAAAAAAAGAAGUUAAUUGGGAAAAUGUACUUUAAUGUCAGAAUGUGGUAUUUUGAUUUAAUGACAGCAUGCACUUGAGCUGACACGGAUUUUAUUCCAACUUGAUUAUAAAAUGUUUCAGAAAACAUCUUGUGGGCUUCUAUUGUGAUUGUACGCAGGGUUGGGGAGUAACGGAAUACAUGUAACGGGAUUACGUAUUUAAAAUACAAAAUAUAAGUAACUGUAUUCCACUGCAGUUACAAUUUAAAUCAUUGGUAAUUAGAAUACAGUUACAUUCAAAAAGUAUUUUGAUUACUGAAGAGAUUACUUUGCAUUUUACAUUGUAUUGUUAUUGUAUAGUCUUAUUUUGUGCAUACUGUUUAUUGUAUAUUAUUUUUAUUAUAUUUUCGUAUUAUUCUGAUGCGCCAUGAAUACGCAAGGCAUUAAAUAACGAAAAAAUGAGAAACAGGAAGUGUCUCAUAUCUCCUGUAUGCAUUGUGUGAUUUAGAUCAAAAUUUAGAUGUUUUGAUUUGGGGGCUGAUCACAUGGAUGUGACUAUUUUGGGUCACGGUCAUAGCACCACCACCUGGCAGAAGGAAGUGUGGCUCUUACAACAGACUUUAAAAUAGUCCUCUUAUAUUUACCCAAAUUGCUUAAAAAUCGUUUAGAUUAAUGUCAAAUGCAUUUGCUUUUACCUUGCUUUGUUUUCCGAAAGCCACCGGGUGGAAAUGGACCCAUGGUGCUUGGGCCCGUCAUUGCUGCUUGCAGCUAUAUUACCUACUAUUCUUAUAAAACUAAUAAGCUCAAAAUAAUUUUUUUACAAAAUCAUUAUGACCUCAUUAUUACACUCAGUUAAGCUACUUGUGUUGUAUGCCUCACAUUUUGCCAAAUGUUGUAGGUCAUCUGGGUAUUCCAUGCAGUCAAAUUGCAAGCUGUGCACAGUAUACAUAUUGCAAAAACAGAACAAGUAUGCUACAUAACACAACCCACCAUCAAACAAAUCCACUCACCUACAUCAUAUGAAGACAAAUCCUCACCCUAGGCCACAAGUGAACUAAUAGUCAUAAUAAAAAUAUCUUAAUCCAAUCCAUGAUUAUGGUUUAUUGGUUUUAUGGUUAAGUGUGAAAAAAAAAAAGAAAAAGUGACAUUUAAAUAAAUGUAAGACUGGUGUUAUGCAUUUGUUCUCCACUGCUGUAGACAGCUGGUAUGGACGCUUGUUUACAUCAAUAGAAAAGAUGAAUGGGCAAAAAAAGAAAGGACAUUUCUAGUUGUUGUUUUAUAAGACGGAGACAUAUCUCCACCAAAAUAGGCAGCAUUAUUUUUCUUCCAUACGUUUAUGAGAUGUGUGUAUUCACGGAAUAUUAAGGAAAUUUAAUGGGACUGAAAUCAUUUUUUUCUUCAUUCAGAGCCUUGUAAACUUAACUCAUCCUUAGCAAAUCGAUGAUUUUAAACACUAGCACAAUUGCCAAGUUCUAACGCACCUUGAUUUGAGACUCAUUUCUGUGGACGUGAAUAACUAAAACACUCCACUGAUCUGAACCAGCUCCUCAUUCACUCUACACAUGUGAUGCAGUAUCUCAUUAAAGAGACACUUUGACACAACGCGUCUGCAAAUGUUGUGAAUUCCAUGCUCACCUCUCAGAAACCAGUAAUUAGUUCCUAAGCAUCUCAGAUACUGUACAACACACAUGACUAUUCUCAGAAAUACAGCAGGUUACAAACACAGUAGGCCUGUUACAAAAAUGAAAAGUCAAUUCAACAUUUUCCUCCAAACCUCAAUUUGUUUAUAAUAGAAAAAAAAUCUUGCAUACUACAUGUAUGAAAGAACAACACUAAUUCGUUUCUCUUCCAGACCCCCUUGUUUAAUACAGUUCUCUUCAAUUUUAAUUUUUGGUGCACAACAGUGAAUCUCAGGAAAACAUGUCCAUGUCACAUUUACCCCCAAAUUAAAAGAUAAAUAUUUUGCCUUAAGAAAAUGAAGCAUAUUUUAAGGAUUUUUAUGACAAUCCCAUAUGUCCAGAUUUGUGUGUGUGUGUGUAAUUCCCUUUAUUCUCAAUGGUUAUUCUCAUAACUUUAAUACUUUUUUUUUUUUACUGACUGUAAUGAUAAUUGUGGUUAAAAGGUGCUUAAUUGGCAUGAAAAAGUGAUCCCAAAAUAGGUUGAAUUUUUUUUACUCCUUUUAAUUAAGGAGUGAAAUACGACUCAGACAUGUAGAAAUUCACCCAUGAAUCCACAGCUGACCCAAUGUUUUGAGGGAAUGGUGCAAACUUGCUAGUGUCAUAAUCAGGAAUCAUUGAAAAUAGGAUUAUAUUGAAAGAAAAGAAAUACUAAAAAAAUAUAUAUAUAUAUAUAUAUAUAUAUAUAUAUAUAUAUAUAUAUAUA